UGAGUCAUGUAUGAUGUAGCUCCUGUUCGACUGCUUUCACAAACAGCAGACUAGACGGUCAGUGUGUAUCUAUUUGUCAGCCAGGCCCAUUUCUUUCAAACUGAUCAUUUCGCAACUGGCACAUAGACGAAUGUUGAAUAAGCUGUUUCAGAUUAUUUCAACGCGUUACCAUAAUUGUACCUGUAGAUUAAAUUGACACGCUACCGGCAGUCUAAGAGCAAAGCUGUCCGCCUUUGCGAGCACAAGAGUCGUUAUCCUUGCGUCGGAAAGUGAGCGAGUGUCGACAGUGUGAGAGCCUGCGCCUGGUGUUCAUUCGAGUCACACAGACACUGGACAAUCACCGCCAUCAUGGUAAAGGUGUUUGUAAACGACGUGGAUGACUACCCGGGAAAUGUUAUCGCAAAGGUGUUUGCAUCGAGCAAUGUUGGUGCUACAGCGCAGCCCGAGGACGAUGAGGACGAAGUGCAAGAGAACGCAGAGCAGUAUAUCGUAUCCGGCACGGUUUGGGAAGACAGGCCAGAUCUGCUCGACGACAGAGACACACUUGAUUUACCGGAAGAUGUGAACAUAAUCAAAAGAUCAGAGAAAGAUGACGAGUCUAUGGUUAGAAUGUGGAUGCAAAACGACAUUAUCAUUUUCAACAUUAUGGAUAGCCUAAGACAACAGGAAGACGCCGAGGAGGCUAUCAUUGCUCUGCACAAUCGGAUCAAAGAACUACCCAAGAAGAUCACAUUCAUUUGCCUCUCCAGCUGUCUCUCCUGGGCCAAGACAAAGCCGGCAGAUCCAGAAGAGCCAGAGGUUGGCUUGUCGGAGGAUGAGUACCGCCGCCGCAAGUCACAUCCCGGCUACAAAACGCAGGCCGUUCUUGAGAAGCUGGUACUGAAGCUUGGCAGGACGGACAGCGACAGGCUUUCAACGUACGUCAUUACAGCAGGGCUGAUCUAUGGCAAGGGCGAAGGGGUCUUCCACCAUUUCUUCAAGGAAGCCUGGAUGAGCGGAGCGGCCGUAAACAUGAUUGGUAAAGGCGAAGGUGUUCUGCCAACAAUUCACAUCACCGAUCUCUGCAGUGUCCUCCGCAAUGUAGUCGAAAGCAGCUUGAAGGUGCGCUUCAUAGUCGCUGUGGACGAUGGCGUCAGCACCCAUGAGGAAAUCAUCAAAGCAAUCAGUCAAACACUUGGUAAUGGCAAGGUUGUAGCAACUGACACUUCCAAGUUCAUUUUGACGGAACUAACUGGGCAACCCUGCCUGGAUCAGCUGCUAGUAAACCUAAGACUGGAAGGUGGCUGCAUCAAGGAGCUGAUGAACAUCGAAUGGGUUUCGGAUGCUGGAAUCGUUGAGAAUAUCAAGAAAGUCGUGGAGGAGUAUCGACGUGCAAGGAACUUGGUGCCGAUCCGAGCAUGCAUCUUGGGCCCGCCUGGCGUGGGCAAGAGCAAAGUUGCGGCGCGUCUCUGCAAGGAGUACAAGAUUGAGCACGUCAACACGAGCGGUGUCAUUGAAGAGAAUCUAGAACAGUUGAGGCAAAGCAUGGCCCGUACAACGCAAGAAGACGAGGAGGACGAUGCGGAGGAGGAGAAGGCUCAAGAAGAUCGUGCGUUGAUGGAGGCCGUCGAGGCGGGGAAGGCUGAGAAUGGAGGUCGUCUGACGGAUGAACACGUCAUUGACUUCUAUAAGAGAACUUUGACAUCGCCUCCAUGCAGAAACCAGGGAUUCAUCAUGGAGGGCUACUGCAAGACCAUGGAGCAAGCCAAGACACUCUAUGCUCCUGAUGAAGACGAUGACGGAGAGGAAGAGGACGCCGUGGAUUACAACAAAGCCAUAAUGCCAGAGGUGGUCAUCGUCUUGGAAGCCACAGACAACUUCCUGAAGACACGCAUCAUGAACCUGCCAGAGAGUGUGGUUGCAGCAUCAUCUCACUACUCCGAGGAGAGGUUCAUCCAGAAGCUUGAUGAAUAUCGCCGUCUCAAUACUGACGAUGUGACGGUUGCCAACUAUUUCGAUGAGCUAGAAAUCCACCCGAAUACCAUCGACGCUGAAUGUGCAACAACGCUUGAGGAGAUCGACAUGCUUGCCGACAUGAUCAAGAAGAAAAUUGGCGAGCCUCGCAAUUAUGGGCGGUCAGCCAUAGACAGGCAGGCUAUUGCUCGUGCCAAGCAGAUACAAGAGGAGGAGCGCCUGGCAACUGAACAGCAAGAGAGGAAACUGCAAGCCGAAGCGGAUGCAAAGGAGCUGAAGGCUGCACAGGCAAAGUGGGCGUCCCGCUAUGCCGAAGUGAAGUUGCAGGAGGAGGAGCUGCUUGCAGAGCGUGCUGCUCCCAUGCGAGACUUCUUGAUGAAGCACAUCAUGCCAACACUGACGGCCGGCAUGUCGGAGUGUAUGAAAGUCCGGCCGGAGGAUCCUAUCGACUUCCUGGCCGAGUAUCUCUUCAAGAACAACCCCGAGCCGGAGCGGCACUGAACACCACAGAAAACAGAUUCAAUUGCCGUAUUGAAUGAACACGGACAGGAGCUCUCCUGUCCCUUCAUGCAGCUGCUAUGACGAAGCGGUGCUUCAAACAAGUCAUUUCAUAUGGCAACUGUUAUUUUCUCUUCAAUGAAAUUUCACCGGACACGCGUCUACAAAGCACAUAGCUGGCUGUUUACCCGGCCCCUGUUCUUGUCCCAUGUGCAUAUCCUAGUAUUCUGUUUGUCCUUGACCAACAAAGGCAAGCAGUUGAGCUACACACAUCAUACUUUGGAAGUAGCGUAAAUGCCAUUAAUUUCAUGGUGGAAUACCAUUCAUUUGCUUCUAUUUGCCAUACCAUGAAAGAGUACUUCAGGAAUCAAAAUAACUAUAAUGGAUUGGAAAAAAAUGGUGUUGAGGUGAGCUGGAGGUAGUUUUCUUUUCUUUCAGUCUUGCCGAUUCAAGACAUUUUAUACCUAUUAUCAUUUUAUAAGUAUUUGUUCAUGGUUUUUGUUGGCCUGCACCAUCAGAGUCAGAGAGAGAGAGAGAGUUGUCGUUUACGAGUCCAUAACUCAUUUUUUUUACAGUAAAACUGAUGUUACAGAACGUAUCGAUAUAGAGUGCAACAGCA